AUGCUGCUUUCCCUGUACACCUGUCUCUUCUGGCUGUCCACCGGUGGUCUCUGGACCAUCCAAGCUAAGGACCCUGAUGCUGACAUGAGCACGAGAAGCCCUCACCGGGAACUGGCUCCAGGCAACGUUGACUUUGCCUUUAGCUUGUAUAAGCACCUAGUGGUCUCGGCUCCUGGCAAGAAUGUCUUCAUCUCCCCUUUAAGCAUCUCCAUGGCCUUGGCUAUGCUGUCUCUGGGUGCCUGCGGCCACAAACGGACUCAGCUUCUUCAGGGCCUGGGCUUCAACCUCACCAAGAUGUCUGAGCCCAGGAUCCACCAUGGCUUCCAGCACCUCCGCCACCUCCUUGUAGAGUCAAACACCACCUUGGAUAUGAUUGUGGGCAACACCUUGUUCUUUGACUGCAGCCUGGAGCUUCUGGAGUCGUUCUCAGCAGACACCAAGCGCUACUAUGAGUUGGAGGCCUUGGCUACAGAUUUCCAGGACUGGGCCAGAGCCAGGAGACAAAUCAAUGAGUAUCUCAAGAAUAAGACACAGGGGAAAAUUGUGGACUUGUUCUCAGAGCUGGACAGCCCAGCCUUGCUCAUCCUGGUCAACUAUAUCUUCUUCAAAGGCACAUGGGUACACCCCUUCAACCAGAAACGCACUAGGGAGGAGAACUUCUAUAUGAACGAGACGACCGUGAUGAAGGUGCCCAUGAUGUUCCAGUCGCGCGCCAUCAAGUACCUUAAUGACCCGGUGCUUCCCUGCCGGCUGGUACAGCUGGACUACACGCACAAUGGGACUGUCUUCUUCGUCCUUCCAGACGAGGGGAAGAUAGACACAGUCAUCACCGCGCUGAGCCGGGACACCAUUCAGAGGUGGGGUGAGUCCCUGACCAGAAGACACCUGAACCUGUACGUCCCGAAGGUCUCCAUCUCCGGAGCCCGUGACCUCGGGGACAUCCUGAGGGACUUGGGCAUUGCAGACUUGCACGACAACCAGGCAGAUUUCUCAGGCAUCACCAGAGAGGCUAGUGUCUCCACCCGGCUGAAGGUGCUGCAUCAGUCCAGGCUGCAGCUGGACGAGAAGGGCGCGAGGACAGACGCCCCCGCCGCGAUCACCGCCCACGCGGUGUCCGAGCCCCUCACCGUCCGCUUCGACCGGCCCUUCCUCCUCCUGGUCUUCGACCACUUCACGUGGAGCAGCCUUUUCCUCGUCAAGGUUGUGAAUCCGACCUAAGGCUGCGCCCCCAGGAGCCGCAGAGC